AUUUGAGCUUUGCUAGCAAAAUUGGUGGUGUUCUAGUUCAAUCGGGAACUAAUUUCCAACAAAAGUUAAAAGGCUUUUCUCCUGAUAAAAAGUUUCCUCAAGCGCAGUUUUCACCCUAUGAAAACGUCGAGUACAAAUGGAAUUCAGCUGCAUCAAGCAUCAUGUGGAAAAAUUAUAAUUUUCCUGUGUACUUAUUGUCAGAAAGUGGCAUAUCAGCUGUGCAGGAGAUACUUUCCAAGAAAAAGAUGAAGCAUGGAACAUAUACCAGUGAUGUUGCUGAGUUCAAUAUGGUUAUGGAGACUACCAAAGCUGGAACACAUAAUUCGGAGGCUUGUUUGCAGGAAGGAACUUGCCUGCCAUUGGGCGGAUAUAGUGUUUGGUCCUCGCUUCCACCAAUCAGUGUUUCGUCUUCCAACAAUCGCAAACCAGUUGUGCUCACUGUGGCCUCCAUGGAUUCUGCAUCGUUUUUCCGUGACAAAAGUUUUGGUGCAGAUUCACCAAUAUCUGGUCUGGUAGCUCUUCUGGGAGCAGUUGAUGCUCUUUCUCGAGUUGAUGGUUUAAGUAAUCUCAAAAAGCAGCUUGUGUUUUUGGUUCUGACCGGAGAGACAUGGGGUUACCUUGGCAGCAGGAGGUUCUUACACGAAUUAGAUCUGCAUUCAGAUGCUGUCGCAGGCCUUAGCGAUACUUCGAUUGAAACGGUGCUUGAAAUAGGAUCCGUUGGAAAAGGUUUAAGUGGAGGGAUAAACACCUUCUUUGCUCAUAAAACUAGAGUUUCUUCAGUUACAAACAUGACACUGGAUGCUUUAAAAAUAGCUCAGGAUUCACUUGCAUCCAAGAACAUAAAAAUUCUUUCAGCUGAUACUGCAAACCCUGGAAUACCCCCAUCUUCCUUGAUGGCUUUCAUGAGAAAGAACCCUCAGACUUCAGCUGUUGUACUUGAAGACUUUGAUACCAAGUUUGUGAAUAAGUUCUACCAUAGUCACCUCGAUGACUUAUCAAAUAUCAACUCUUCGUCUGUUGUAGCUGCUGCUUCUGUUGUGGCCCGUACACUUUACAUCCUUGCAAGUGACAACAAAGAUGCAAGCAAUUCGGCUCUGGGAUCCAUCCAUGUCAAUGCUUCUUUCAUUGAAGAGCUUCUAAACUGUCUUUUAGCUUGUGAACCGGGCCUAUCAUGCAACUUGGUAAAAGACUAUAUUUCACCAACAAACACUUGCCCAGGCAACUAUGCUGGCGUCAUCCUCGGAGAACCUUCCUCCAAACCUUACCUUGGUUAUGUCGGUGAUGUUUCUAGAUUCCUAUGGAAUAUUCUGGCGGAUAAAACAUCUGUCCAAAAGGGAAACACAACCUCAGUUUGUUCAAAAGGUGUCUGUAGCAAAACUAAUGAAGUGUGCAUUAAAGCUGAGAGCAACAAGGAGGGAACAUGUGUUGUCUCCACAACCAGGUAUGUUCCAGCUUAUUCAACCCGAUUGAAGUAUAACGAUGGAGCUUGGACAAUUCUACCACAGAACUCAUCGGAUUCUAUGGGGAUGGUCGAUCCAGUGUGGACCGAAAGCAACUGGGACACUAUAAGGGUGCAUGUGUACACAGUCCAGCACGCAGCAUACGACAAUGCAGUCCUUGUUGCAGGUAUUAUAGUCACAACGUUGGCUUACAUUGGAAUUUUGGCUGCUAAGUCAAUCAUCACAAAAGCCUUGAAGCAGGACUGAGAUUUGUAUUUAAUCCCCUCUCCUCUCGGCCCAAAAUGACUCGUCAGUUUCAGUAAGACAUUGCCUAAUUAGCAACACCACCAAUACUGUGGUGGUAGAAACCUUUUUUCUCAACCAAGGUUAUUGAAAAAGGUCCUUUUGAGCUAAUUCAUAUUAAAAUUCUGUAUUAGAC